AUGGAAAAGCAUGGCCCUAUUACUCCCUACUGCCUUAUCGACACCACACCAGAAGCCGGGUUGUUGAGUACCAGCACAGGGAUAAUAGUCGACAUCAUUUGCAUAGCAAAACUGUGGAUUUGUGGCGGGGCACUGAGUACAGUCCAGUUGGGUCUGCAACCUGACGAGACCCAAAAUGUUUUACUGAGAGGAUGGCAGAAAGAAAAGGCCGUGGGUGAUUCAAUAAAGAGUUUGCCGGCUGGGGUGUUGCUUGGUGGCAUCGCGCUCUGCACUUUAGGAUACUCGACGUCGUGCAUGCAUGCCUACAGCAGAGCGAGGAGUCGCUCUACGAUAGCAGCCGCUGCAUGCAUCGUUCUCGUGCUUAUCGACAGUCUGCCGAACGGAUUGAAAGUUGGCCCGCUCGAGAGACUCAUGAUCAUAUUGCCUAUCGCAGUCAAUGCGGGUUUGACUUGGGCAUUAUUCACAUCAAGGCCUGGGGCCAAACCUGUUGCUACUAGCACAGUCUGA